CUUCAGCUACCUGUGACGAGCAAAUAUUACCAAAUGAGGUUGCACUGACGAGUGGAGGCCCUGUGGGGUUUUGGACCCCUGAGUGUGAGAGGUGAUUUGUUUAGUUUUAAACGAGAUCGUUGACCACCUUCUCCACUCCCUCUUUGCUCGGGUCCGGGCUUAUGGGAUUAUCCAUCACGUCGGAUUCAGCGGACUACUACCUUUCUUCAUGCCUAUCGAUUAUUUGGCGAAUUUUUAUCGAUGAACAGUACAGGGAAUGCCUCAUCCUCUAAGCGCUCUCGCGCUCCGAUCGCCUGCGAACGCUGCAAGAGGAGAAAGACCAAGUGCAAUGGGAUGCGUCCAGUAUGCGCGCCGUGUCAGAAGGCGAGAGCUUCGUGCACUUGGGUAGGACUAACCCGGGUCGGAGGUCACAUAAGUGAGGAUUAUGUCAACCUACUGGAAUACACAAGGGGUCUGGAGAGCAAGCUCGCGGAGCUGGAGCAUCGUGCUCAGGGAAACACCACAGCUCAAGUUCCGGACGACCAAAUAACAUCUACAUAUUCGGUCACGGCGGAGCUCUCGACGAAUAUGGCCCUGCUAAGCAUGAAUGCUGCCGCCGAACCAUUUUUUGUUGGCGCAACCGCCGGCUUUUCUUUGUCAAAAGUGGUUGAAGGUAUACUCUCUCAGGCUUCGAUACCGGACUUGGUGCUUGCGUCAGUCUCGUCAUCAACCGCACACGUUGACGAUGAAAGAGGUCUACCAGAAAGCAACCUCAAUAAAUACAAUCCCCAGCUUGAGCGGAAGCUGGUGGAGAUUUUCUUUGGUCGCGUUCACCCGCGGUACCCAUUUCUGGAUGAACGGUGUUUUACUGAGUUUUAUCGUUGGUACCAAAGCUCCAUCAAUGCCAGCACUUCCAGUCAAUCCAAGUUGUUCCAGCUCCAUAUGGUGUUUGCAAUUGGUGCCAGGAUCAUGCAGCUUCAUCCGGAAAUGGGCGGGUCUAUCAGCCCAGAGUUCUAUUAUUCGAACGCGACUCAGUACAUUGAUGGAGCACUGCAGGUCCCUGGACUGGAGAGAAUUCAAUCACUACUUCUCUUAGCGCUAUAUGUUCUACGUACCCCAAGUAGUACAUCGAAUCUUGGCAGCUGGCACAUAAUUGGAAUCGCAGUGCGAUACGCCGUGGAAUUAGGUAUGCACCGUAAUAUACGAUCUCGUGUCCCCGGGGCAGAGGACCUAUACCGUGUUGAGAUGCGCCGACGAGUCUUUUGGAGUGCUUACGUCCUUGACCGUGCUGUGUCCCUGACUUUGGGCCGACCAUUCGCAUUGUCGGAGAGCGAUAUUGAUGUCGAUUUGCCGGUUGGUCUAGAAUACAGCACCGCCCCAGGAGAAACUAUCUAUUGCUUCCAAGAGUCCCAGCCCGAUGGGACUGAUCCGGUCUAUACCAAAUCCAACACGCGGAAUCUUUCCUCCUUUGUCCACUUAUGUCGACUUAGGAGAUUAGAAAGCAGAAUCAAGCAGGAGCUUUACAGUGUUAGCACGUCGCCAACCACGCAGGGUCAUUCUUAUGAUACAACCGUCGAGAGCUUGCGACACCAACUUGACGAAUGGCUAAACAGCGUACCCUCCCACCUCAGUCCAGACGGCCAGUCACAGGAAGACUAUUCUCUUUAUGAUACCCCUGAGUUCUUUCGCAUCCAAUACAGCAAAGCUUUGCGCAUGCUCCUCCAACACCGAAUCACCCAUUUGGCCACCUCCGAGACAGACCCAUCAAAAGAUAAAGAAUACCUUACUUUGAGCGCUCGAGCCGCCGGGGACAUCUGUCAAUAUUAUAAAACCCUACAUCAAAGAAGGCCUCUAGGGUGGAACCUCCUUGCCUUGCAUUCAAUCUUCACGGCCGGUCUUACGUUGCUAUACUGUAUCUGGGCAGACAAGGAGCAUCCGACCCUAGGUCGAUUUGAGGACAUUCGGGCGUGUUCGAAUGUUCUUUUUGCAAUUUCCGAAAGAUGGUCGACGGCUACAAGGUUUCGGGACAUAUUUGAGAUACUCGCUAAACGCAUGAUACACUUGGUUUCCCUGCCAUCUAACCCUCUGGCCGAACUGGGCGACACAUCAUUUGUGACCGAGGAGAAGAACCUUCCCACUGGUGCUCUUCCGGAACCAACAGGGUUCGAUUCUAUGAAUCAAGAGGACUUCUGGGCCAUGCUCGAUGAAUUGGUGGAUGACGACUAUAUCCGCAGCCAAUUUCGGUUGAACGAAGUAGAGGGCGCAUGGGGGCUUUGAGUUUGCUUGACUAUAUCGCUGGACCGUCCAACACCGUAUGUAGAUAUUGCCAGAUACACAAGCGGAG